AUGGCCAAACAAUACGAUGAAAGCCUUUUAUCUGAUAUGCUUCCUAUAUACUACUCAAGACUCUUCCCUCAGAGUUUGUUUUGUAGAUGGUUGACAUGCGGAAAUUAUCCUCAACCUCUUGGAAACCGAGAAUUAUCAUUCACGCUAGCUGACGACGUAUACCUUCGUUACUUAUCUAUAAAUAAUCAAAAAGAAUUACAUACAUUAUUUCAAAAGAAAUGCCCUUAUAAACUGGAUAUCGGACCAGUCUAUAACACAAAACCAUCUAUUGGACGGCAUGAUGCUGUGGUGUUAGCUAGAGAACUAGUAUUUGAUAUUGACCUUACUGAUUAUGAUGAAAUUAGAACAUGUUGCCAGGAGGCUAAGGUUUGUGACAAGUGUUGGAAAUUUAUGGUUCUAGCUUGUGAAGUAAUUAACACUGCAUUAAAAGAAGAUUUUGGAUUUCAAAAUAUACUGUGGGUAUUCUCCGGUAGACGUGGUAUCCAUUGUUGGGUAUCUGAUCACGAGGCAAGGGUCCUUGAUAGUCCCGGAAGAACUGCACUUGCCGAUUACAUGUGCCUUAUUUCUGGGGGAGAAAACCAGUAUAGGAAAGUGCAUUUGGGAAAUGAUAAUCUUCAUUCUAGUAUAAGGAGAGCCAUUGGUAUAAUUGACAAAUAUUUUAACACUAUAUUAGAAGAGCAAGAGUUCCUUUCUACCACAGACAGACUAAAUAGCUUUUUAAAAAUAGUACCAGAUGAGGCAUUACGGACACAAACACAGGAGACCUUAGAAAAUAUGCCAUCAUCAUCAUUAGAACGAUGGGAGACGUUUGUUACUAUUUAUAACCAAUACUGUAAACAAAAUGCAAAUGCCAUGAGGAAAAUAAAGUACUUGGUAGAAGAAUUGAAGAUUCAAUACUGCUACCCGAGACUUGAUGCACAUGUCACAAAAGGAUUUAAUCAUUUACUUAAGUCACCCUUCAGUAUUCAUCCUAAAACAGGAAAGGUAUCAAUUGUGUUUAAGCCUGAAAAUGCUAAAAAUAUGAAACUAAAUGACAUUCCGACUAUCCAUACAUUACUCGAUGACAGUUCAAAAGAAAAUGCACAACAUCAAGCCAAUAUGAGAACGGCUGUUAAGAAUUUCCAAGAAGUUGUCUUUAUGUUAGAAAAAACAGAAGCGAUGAGAAGAAAAACCGAAGCAAGUGUCUCGAUUGACUUCUAA